AUGAAAAUAAUCUAUGCGUAUAAAAAGGAGCACUACGAACUGGAGGUGGACGAGGGGAAUGCUGACGAUUACGUCAUCGAGACGUUGGAAAAAAAUUCGAAAAAGUGCAGCUGCGAUGAUUUCCUUUACGACAGUGGGACGCAGGCCGAGUUUCUGAACUUCUGGCAGUUCCACACUGAAAAGGGAACGAAUUUUGAACGUGAGAGACCAAAUGGUAGCAAAACGCACGUGGCAAGAACUCCCCAGCUGUGUAGCGAUGAUGAAGGGCAAAACAAAUCGCUACUAAAGUAUGUCAGCUAUUUCGAGAAGGCAGGUUACAUCGUCAAAGAGGGAGAUAUUUAUGGAGCACAUUUUUUACUUUAUCUAGAUGGAGAGCAAUAUACUCACGCGGUUUACGCUGUGUAUGCUGUGCGUAGAGACCAUGUGAUUAGAGACCUCAUUCGCAUGUUGAGAGUAUCACGUAGCGUGAAAAAAAACGUCAUCUUGAUAUUGCUCACAGGUAGAGAAGCAGCGGAUCUAUCAGCUAACAUCGUUUACGUGAAGCUUUACUCUUAUAAAUAG